AUGUCAAAUUCGAAGAAUGCUAACAAAAUAACGGAUAAAAGUAGAUUAGACUCCCAAAAUAUUAAUGAUAAUGAAGACAGAGGUGAAAUGAAUUGUGCUCCAAAUGAAGGGUACACUUACGCCGUAACUGUGUCAAAGAAAUUAUCGCAUUCAGGUGAAGAAUCGAACCCGUGUUCCGGCCAAAAAUCCUUUAUCAGUAUCCACUCGACUGACCAGCUCUGUCAAGUAGCAGACAUAGAUAACCCAGCUAACCUUGAAGAAUGUAACGUCGAAGUUCUAAGCUUAAAUGAAGUUUUUCCAUCAACUUCGGAAGAAAGUGUUUCAAAUGACGAAUCGCCUGUUCGUAGAAAGGGACACGCUAAGAAGGGAUCGGCAAAAUUGGAGAAUACAGUUAAAUCUGCUUACAUGCCUUCCAAUAGUAAAUCAUCUACAACAUCAGGUCGUCAAGAAGAGCCAAUGGAAGCUCAAGCCUCUGUUCAUUCAGAAUUUAACAUACCGAAAAAUACAUUGUAUGUAACAGGCAGUAACCCCGGGGAGCCCAAAAUGUCUUACCAUGAUCCACCUAAGAAAAUGUCGAAGACCAUGAAGAAAUUUCUCCGCAACAUAGACAAACAUAAAAAUGAACAUAAUAAAAGCACAGAAAAGGUCAUUAGCAAGUUGACAACAAUGCGCAGUAUUCUAAAAGAUGGUCGAUGCAUUCUUGAAUGUACCGGAGAUUCUACUUUACACGACUCUGAAGAUUAUAACACAGGUGAUCUAACUUUACCAUAUGCAAUGAGUUUUGAACCACAAAUGAGUUAUACCAAACAAACUCCUGACAAAAAUGUGUCAUUCAAUACACAAGUAGUAAUAAUUCACUUCACCGGCGAUCUCUGCGUGGGGCAAAGCAUCGAAACACUUAGCAAAGAGAAAGAUCAACAAGCGAGAAAUUCUGAACUACGAAAAACUUUUCUGACCAAGUAUAAUGAACUUUGGCCCACCCAAAAA